CCAUUUAACCAUUCUGCACAAAACCAUUCAGCAACUGCCAAACAGCCACUAACAAGCAAAGAUAAAACGGAUGUGUAUAUGAAAUACUUAACAGUGACCGUGUCUUUCCGCUAAAAGACAAAACCUCACCAUCUGUUUCUCUCACGUCUGCCGCAAAAUCGGCUAUAUCUUUCCCUCCGCCUUUCUCAUAAUUCCAACACAGCUCGCCUCCGACGUCUCCUCAUCGACGCUCGUCGUCCAUCAGCCUCGUCAGCAUCGCCGUUAUCUCUCAUCACCCAGUAGGCAAGUACCUUCUCGAUUUGUACAUCCCCUUUAUCUGCUUUUCUAUUCGAUUUCUUUUUUUUUUUUUGCUUUUUACUCGUUGGUUGUAAUUUAUAAUCAUUUUACUCUCUGGGUUUUGUUUACUAGAAACUAUUUGACCUUUGUUGAUUAACUUUGUACUUCAGUAGCUCAGUUUACUGAUGGAAUGGGUGUAAUCGGCAUACCUGGUAUCUGCACACAAGAUGUUUGAUAAAAUGCCCAAAUGACUGAAUGAUGUCUUGUUCAAACAUGAACUCAAAUUGCCUCUUUUUUCUUCUUAGAAUGAUCAUGUUUGGAGCUCAAUGUCAUAUGAAUGUACCAAUAAAUCAAGAUCGCACUACUUUUCUGCAUAAAUGGAACCAGUUUGCAAUCAAUUUGAUACUAUAAAAUGGACAUGUGAGAAUAUAAUAAAUUAAACUAAUUUGCCAGCAUACAAGUUGUGAAGUUUGUUAUACUUCUUGAUCAAUAAGGGGUUUUCAACACAUGAGAUUCUUUGUUGCUUCAAAUUUAAAUCAUGUUUGAUCCUGUUAACUUUUUUGUAUAUCAAUCUGUAUUUCUGAUAGCAUGAUGAUGUUUCUGAACACCUGUAUCAUUUGUUUGUCUAUGAUGGAUAUUAUCCUACUAUUAGCAUUGAUUUAAGAUUCUACCUGUAUUGAAAUAUGAAUGAAUUGCAAUAUAUUUUCUUGUCAAAAUACAUUUAAAUUAUGAAACUUGCACAUUUCUGUCAUUCAGCACUUGAUUAUGUAAACAGUUAUAUUUAUUUAGCACUUAAUCAUACAGACGAGUAAAAUAACAAUUUUCUGCAUUCAGCAGCGCUUACUAGUUACUACAAAGUACUUGGUACACAGACGUUUUUCAGUGAGCUACCACUCCAGACAAAGCUCUUACUGAUUGAUCCUCUGACCCUGUUAGCAUCUACAUGAUUUUCUUUUUGUUGGUAAACAACCCCUAAAAGCUUGUUUGGGAGUUAGUUUAUAGCAGUGCUUUGCAACACCAAAAUGAUAUUUUUCAACUAAAAUAAAGAUCUGAACUUUUCAAGAAUUUGUUGGCUUUUGUUCAAUUAUCUGGAGAUACAAUCGAUGAUGUUAAUGCCGGUGAGGACUCGCCUCUUUAACCUUCGCAUCUCUUCACUCCUUCCAUCAUCUUCUUCAUCUUCUCUCCCUUUUGCACUCCCUUUCAGAAGCUCCCUCUCUCACUCUGCUCCACCCCACCAUGUCUCCGCCACUAAAACGCCCAAAAUCUCCAUCUCCGACACUGCCAAAUUCGUCCGAACCAUCUUGUUUAUCCCACCCGGAACAGACCCGGAAGAAGUCACCGAGGACAUGAUAUUACCUGGGUCCAACAUCGUUCUAGGGCCUUACGUGGGCGAUGCCAAAGUCAAAGAGGUGGAAUUUAUGGGAAGUAGUGUUCGACCUAAGGAUUGCCCUAAAGACGACCGACCCGAGUUUGCUAUGCUGGGUCGCUCCAACGUUGGCAAGUCUUCUUUAAUUAACUCCCUUGUUCGCAAGAAAGAAGUAGCUCUCACUUCCAAAAAACCAGGGAAGACUCAACUCAUCAAUCAUUUCUUGGUGAAUAAAAGUUGGUACCUUGUGGAUUUACCUGGUUAUGGGUUCGCAAACGCCCCCGAAUCUGCAAGAAUGGAUUGGUCAUCGUUCACCAAAGGUUACUUUCUAAAUCGAGAAACUUUGGUAGGCGUGUUGCUUCUUGUCGAUGCCAAUGUCCCCACUAAAAAGAUCGAUCUUGAUUGUGCUAAUUGGCUUGGACGAAACAACAUUCCAAUGACGAUUGUGUUCACAAAAUGCGAUAAAUCGAAGAACAGCAAGGGGCAGCGCCCGGACGAGAAUAUCAAGAGUUUUCAAGAAUUGAUAAAAGAAAAUUACAAGAUUCAACCUCCAUGGAUAAUGACUAGCAGUGCCACUGGGUUGGGUAGGGAUGAGCUUCUUUUGCAUAUGUCACAGCUUAGAAACUAUUGGGACAAUUAGAAGGUAAUGUAAUGUAAUGCAAUGCAAUACAAGGCUGAGACAAUGAUCAUGUGUUUAAACUGUUGGGAUCCCACAUCAGCUAAUCAAUAUUAGAAUGAAUAGCUAUUGCA